AUUUUAAAGUGGAUGAACAGAAGUGAUGAAGUAGUCAAUGAAUAUCGUGGAUUUUUACUUGAUGUUUGUACUGCAUACAAUUAUCAUACAAAAUUCGCUAUAGAUCAACUUGUAUCGAAUUUUUCUCAAGUUGAUCAUACUGUUUAUGACCGUGUCAAUGGUAUGCCCAGUGAAAAAGAAGAAAGAGGGUAUCAAAAUGUUCACAUGACCCUUGAAGCUCUUUUAAAAGUCAUUCCGCUAUCAAAGGAUUUAUUACUAACAGCACUUCAAAAAAAGUUUCCAUUCAGAAAAAGUGGUGCUGAAUCAAAUCUUCAUUACAUACAUAAUUUAUUACGCAUAACUAAAUAUGCACCAUCUUUAAGAAAAAAAAUUCUUAGUCUUAUUGUUACCAAACUAGUGGAAAUUGAUGUUCAUAUACCAAAAGAUGAAUUGAAUAGAUUGGAAUCAAAUAUUAAUGUUGAAAUCGAAGACAUAUUUCCAAUGGAUGUAGAUGGAGAAUGUAUGCAAGUAGAUCCUGAGAAAAUGGAAGUAGAAUGUUUUUCGCAGACCUUGGAUAUUUGCCUUAGAAGAAUAUUUAUGUAUAUGAAAACUACUUGUCAUGAUUCUGAUGAUAAUUUGAUUUGGGAAAAUACUAAAUCAUUAUAUCAUGACUUGUUAUCAGUAUUUGAAAGUGAAAUUCUUCCAACUUAUAAUAGUAGUCAUGUUCAGUACAUCAUUUAUUACUUUCUUAGUUUUAAAAUUACUUUAUGCGAAAACUUCUGCAAUUGGUUGUGGAAAAAAUGUUGUGAUGUAUCAUCUCCAUGUACUCUGCGACAAGCAGCAGCAGGUUAUUUAGCUAGUUUCCUUUGCAGAGCACCAUUUAUUUCAAAUAGCAUUUUGAAAAAUAUCCUUUCAGAAAUUUCUUCAUGGUGUAUUAAUUAUAUAAAUAGGGUAGAUAAAACAGUUAGAGUAGUAACUGAAGAUUUACUGAGAUGUCAUGCAGUGUUCUAUUCAAUAUGUCAAUCAUUAUUUUAUAUUAUUUCAUUCAGGCAUCAAGAUCUUAUGGAAAGCAAACGAAAUUUAAAGUUUAUGGAAAAUCUAAAUUUAUCUAAAAUAGUAACGUGCCGUUUAAGUCCAUUACGAUUAUGUUGUUCCGCUGUAGUCAACCGUUUUGCAUAUAUCACUAAAACUUAUCAAUUAACAUAUUGCUAUGUAGUAAUGGAUGGUCACAUCAGAGUUACAGACCAAUCUAUUAAAGAUGAAUGGUUGUAUUCUUUCUUUCCAUUUGAUACUUAUGUCCUUCCAAG